AAUAAUUGAAACAGAUGCAAACAGAGAGUAGGUGCUCAUAAAGUAUAACAAAAGGAAGAACCUGUGUGACUUGAGAGUCAGUUUGUGUGUAUUCCAUGCUAGACUGAAAAACUUACUGUGUUCCUGUGCAAGGGAUCCUGCUUCUUCAGAAUCUUAGGUGUCUUCUGAAGGUGGGCUUUAAGUUUUGUCUGCAAUGCUGGUGAAAUCUCAUAAACCAGAUGCCCCGCCACUGUUCUGCCACUGGCUGCUGCACCCGUGACACUCCUGAGAUACGCAACCGAGGCAUUUCCUUCCAUCGACUUCCAAAGGACAACCCCCGGCGAGCGAUGUGGUUGGAGAAUUGUCGGAGGAAGGACAUGAGCGGCCAGGGUCUUUGGGACCCUGCCUCCAAGUAUGUUUACUUUUGCUCCAAGCACUUUGAGAAGAGUUGCUUCGAACUGGUGGGCACCAGUGGCUACCAUCGGCUCAAAGAGGGUGCUGUUCCCACAAUAUUUGAACUUCAUGCUAAACUGCGCCAAAAAUCAAAGCUAGGCAACUCGAAACUUGCAAAACGUCAGCAGAAGCAGAGCUGCAGCCCUUGCCUGGAGGAGGAGUCGAGUCCUUUGUGCAUGGACAUCUCCUGCUUCCCUGCGCAAGAGCUGCCAAGCCCUGGGGCUGCUCCCACCAGCGGCGGGCCUCGAAGCCAGCCUGACCUCCCGGGGCCAGCGUCAGAGAGCCUGGCUACCCUGUCAGACAUUCCCCUGGAACAGUCACCCGCUGCUACCGGCCAGGAAGAGGCUUCUCCUUCUCCGGCCCUCCCAGAUCCUGUGGGGGAUUCAUCCCACCCCGUUUCCCUCUCUCUCUACAUGUUGCGCCUGCCUCCCCCAGCUGGGGCUUAUAUUCAGAACGAGCACAGCUACCAGGUAGGCAGUGCUUUGCUGUGGAAGCGGCGAGCGGAGGCAGCCCUCGAUGCUCUGGGGAAGGCGCAGCGGCAGCUCCAGGCCUGCCGGCGCCGAGAACAGCGACUCCGCCUUCGGAUUUGUGAGCUCCAGCGUGAGCGGCGGCCGCACAGCGCCGAGGCACAUCGACGGCUCAAGGAGCACCUGCAGGUCUUUGAACUGCAGCUCCUCAAUGACCUUGAGUAACUUUGGGGCAGGCCAAAACUGACCUUUCCCUGUUUGGUGCACUCUCAGCUUCAGGCUGUGUGAUGGUCCCUGCAGCUAAGCUGUGCGUCAGAACUUGGGGUCCUCCAGUCUAGCUGGCAGCUUGGCACUUGCCGCCUUCCCUAUCACCAUUCGCAUAUAAUCUGUACCUGUAAAUAAAUACUGUUUUGUAUGA